GUCAGCCGGCCCUUGACGUAAUCACAGGCUGCUGGUAGCACACUGGUGCGGGAACGAGGAUCUUGGUUUGACUCGAACUCACUUCGCGACGCCGCCGUUCGCGGCGAGACCUGGCUCCCUGCACCACCGUUGCCAUCCUCUGCAGCAGGCCGGCCCUUCAUGCAUGAGCCCACGCUCCGAUCCAGAUCGCCGUCCCAUGGGCUUCCCUCCGCCGUCCAUGAUGAGCGAGACCGCCUCCCGGGCCCCAACGACCACGCCCUAGCAAUACCGAAAUCAACCCGCAGCCGUCUCCGAGCAGUGCCAUGUCGUCUUCGGGGGGACUGCGGCCCCGCGGGCAUUCCUUCGCCUCCACGACCGCCUCCGAGCACGUCGACAAGGAACAACUCGCCCUAAACCUCGAUAAGAUUCACACGUCGGCGAGCCAAUCCGAUGCCCUGACCACCUUCAACGACUUUGCUGCCCCGCCGGGCACGGCUCCUGUCGCCGAGAGCAAGAGCGGCGCCGGAGACCUCGUCCAGCAGGGCUUGAGCGGGCUCUACAGUCGGUUGAGGGAGGCCGUCGGGGCCGUCGGGAAGGCAUCGGCCCAGGGGCCGGACGAUCACAACGCCCAUGACAUCGUGUCUAAGAAGAGCACUGUCCAUUCAGUACCUGGUGCCGCCGCCAGGACACCCGCGGUAUCCCUCCCCCGCGGGGAGAACGGUGGCACCGCAUCCACCCUCAACUCGAGCAUGACGAGCGAUGGCCCCUAUGCGAUGGCGUCUACAGCUGACGGCCACUCACAGCCGGCCCCGCAAUCUUCCAAGGCAUCAUCGAUAACGACCACACAAGCCUCCAAGUCCAGCACGUCGAGUGGCCAGACUUUGCCUAAGAUGGCAAAGGCGGUCGUGCCGUCAGUUUCCAACCCAUCUGUCGUGACCCUUAACGUGGCCGCGUUCAAAGGGAAGGAUGUGGCUCGCGGAGUUACCACACGGGUGGAGGAUAGCCCUGGGCCUUCGCGACUAAGGAGCGCUAGCAGAACAUCCGACGUACCCAAGGCUUCUACCCCGGGGACGGUGGACUCGUUUGAAAGCUCAGAUAUUAAGCUUCAACCCCCACCGCGCUCACGGCGGGAAGAGGGGCUGAGCGCGGACGCUGACGCUCCCAUGAGCCCAGUUAGGGGAUCCGCAGCGUCGGUUUCAACUCAGCAUAGCGCGGAUGCAAGCCUGAGGGCAUCUGUAGUAGCCCCGAGGGCGUCCUCGCGAGAAACGCUCAGGAAGCCUGCCGUCAUCGACAGGAUCAGCCACGCCCGAGCGUCUGGGGACAGUAGGUCUCGAUCCUCCUCUAUGGAGCCUGGCAUGGCCGAGCCAAGUCCCAUCAGCACGUCCGCCCACAAUUCGGUGUACCAUGAUUCUUUUGCGAGGCACGAAAAACCCCGGCAGUUGGCAUCCGGAAAAUUGAGGAUUCCGGGAACCACCACGAACGAAGGAUCUCCUCAGACUGUCAAUGCCCGCCUCGAACAUAUGCGGAAGCAGGUUGUUAGCAAAGAGUUCUGGAUGGCAGACGAGACUUGCAAGGAAUGCUUCAUUUGCGGCCAACCUUUCUCUGCGUUCCGGCGGAAGCAUCACUGCCGCACUUGUGGGUGUAUAUUCGACUCGAAAUGCACCUCUACAAUCUCUGGACAAAAGUUCGGUGUGGCCGGGACCCUGCGCGUCUGCAAGACAUGUCUUGACAUUAUCAAUCGCCGCUACGACUCUGGCUCCGACGAUUCGGGAGACGACUCGUAUCUGCCAACAAUAUUCCGCUCCGGCGUCAGCAAGAACAGCUCGAAACCCCGGGCGGACGAUGAAGCUAGUAUCUUUGAACGUAACGAGGAAGGGGACGGCUCGAGGUCGGCCAUGACUCCCAUGAUGGCCAUACCUACACGUCGGAUUGGCGACUCCAAGGUGUUGGAGAUUGACGCUCCUCAGCUCAGCCGACCCAGCUCGUCACGGUCUCUCAAGUCGCUUGCCGGGCGGCCCAUGUCAUCUGGCCACAGACGGGCCCAUUCCAAGUCCAACUUCCUGGGUCGGUUCAGGGCCACAGCCGAGGAGCGCGCCCCUUUCCGCAAGCCUGUGAACGACGAGCUUAGGCGCAACUCCAAGUUGCCUGCUUUCCAUGACGACAACAUCAUCGAUCCCGAACUAGAACCGUACAUGUCCGAAGAGUCUAGCGGUGACGAGCAGAUGAGCAUUUUUGCAACCAUGGCCACCAAUGAAAUCUCCGCGUCCAGUCUGGAUCCAGAAAAGUCCAACUUUGGUCCAUUUCUCUCGGCGGGCAAGAGGCAUCGUAUGCGCCCCGGAGAGAAAAGCAUCAGCGGCCUCAGUUUCACCAGCCGAGGCGUCGAUGACGGCCCCGGAACCUCGCUUGCCACUGGUCACCCUAGGCCCAACCGAAGACGUAACAUGAGCACUGCCAGUGCCAGCCAGCACCACACUCUGCGCUCGCCUAGGCCUAGAUCUGGCGUGUUCUACAAGGGCUUCUCAGCUUCGGGCGAUCUUCUCGGUGUCCUUGACACCCCGAUCGAGGCCACAAAGCUAACCAGGAGUGACUCCAUGAGGGGCGAGCGCCCUACUGAUGUCCAACUCAGUCCGUCGAGUCUGAAGCACGUUAAAAAGCUUCUCCGGCAGCUCCUACAAGACGCGAAGCUUCCCAGCGCGGCAGCGUGGGAAAGGUCGCUUCUUCCGAUCCUAACACGAUGCGCCGAUGAUGUCUCCCCGGACAGCCGCCAGCAGUCAGAUGACAUGGACAUCCGCCAUUACGUCAAGUUGAAGAAGAUCCCCGGCGCCAAACCCGGUGACACUAGCUACGUCUCGGGAGUGAUAUUCACCAAAAACCUAGCCCUCAAGAGCAUGCCUCGGAGCAUCCUCAACCCACGGAUCGUCAUUGUGUCGUUCCCAAUCGAGUAUCAAAAGAGGCAUCAGCAGCAAUUCAUGAGCCUCCAGCAGCUGCUCGAGCAGGAGAAGGAGUUCUUGCGUGUUGUCGUCAACCGGAUCAUCGCUCUCCGGCCUCAGGUUCUUUUGGCGGAGAAGAGCGUGGCUGGUGUCGCUCUUCAGUAUCUAUCUGAGGCCAACAUUGCCGUCGUCUACAACGUGAAGCCGUCAGUCAUCAAUGCCGUCCACAGAUGUGCAGGGGCUAGCGUUAUUUCUUCUCUGGACAUGCUGGCGCUGCCUGUCGACGUGGGCCAAGCUGGGGGCUUCGAGGUCAAAACCUUCGUCAAUAAGGAGAUCCCUGGCAGGAAGAAGACGUACAUCUUCAUCUCUGGUUGCGACCGGGAGCUCGGGUGCACCAUCGCCCUGCGAGGAGCACCAACCCAGGUGCUCACGGAGAUGAAGCGCAUCACCGAGUUCAUGGUUUAUGUCGUUUAUAACCUGAAGCUGGAGUCGUGUCUUAUGCGGGAUGAGUACAUCAAGCUGCCUGACGGCACAGAGGAGCCUUCUCCAGUACCGCCCUCAUCCAAAGAGUCCUCUAACGAAGGCCUCCGAUCGAUGUCCAGCCCCUGUGUGGGCUGUGCGGCGACGGGCGACCAGCCGGGUCCCGCUGCAACGCAGAGCGUCGGACCCGAGAAGACACCAGAAGCCAGCCAGGAAAUGACUCCAGGAUCGCAAGAGGCUGUCUCAGCGGCCGCAGGAGAGCUUGGCCAGGAACAGGUGUCGCAAAAGGCGCCAGAGCAACCAAGUCGGCUCAUCUCCCUUCACGACACUCAUUCGCACGCGCCCCAUGAUUCUCCCGUACCGGAGGACGUGCCUAUGCCGACUUUUUACAGCGACAUGGUUGCUAAGCACGAAACAAAAAUCCUCUCGGCCUCCCCCUUCGUCAAGUUCACGCAGCCAUAUCACCUGAUGAAAGCGCGAGAGCAGGAGAGAAGGCUCGUGUACCUCAAACGUCUCCGAGACCAGGACAUUGUCGAGGAGCAUGCCGAGAGUGAGAAGUUGAAGCCUGGACGUUUCCAACUCAUCAAGCCCGAGAUGGUGCAUCAAGUUGGUCACAAGGCGCCUAGACAGGUCAUGGAGGUUCUGCACGCGGUGCACGACGCAGAGUAUGACAAGGCACUUUACAACUAUCAGACGCAGACACGGCAGUGGGAAAACUACAUUCAGGGCAACCUCGACCUUUUCGACCCAUAUCUCCACCAGAAUAUCGUCGUUCUGUACUCGCAUAUCUGCACCGAGACCAAGAUACCAUGCAGAGAGCCCGGACUCCUCACGAUUGGCUUCUAUGAGGAGGAGCCAGACCCAGGUGGACACACGGUCCCGGACUGCACUUUGGGAAAAUACGUGGAGGACCUCUCCCUGAACGCCUUCAGUGUGUGCAACGAGAACGGCUGCGACAGACAGAUGUGGCAGCAUCACCAGACAUAUGUCCAUGAAGAGGCGAGAAUCACGGUGCUGAUCGAGAAAGAGUCGCCUCUCCCAAUCGGGGUUAUGCUUGGCCCAGGAGACGACGAUAUCUACAUGUGGAACUAUUGCAAAGUGUGCAAGAAGGAUCUCGGCGUCAUGGUCAUGUCGGAGAGCACCUGGAAGUACUCGUUCGGAAAGUACCUGGAGCUCUCGUUCUGGGGCAAGGGGCUGAGGCUACACCCAGGCUCUGGAUGUCAGCACGACCACCAGACCGAUCACAUCCGGUAUUUCAACUUUCGCGGAAACACAAUUCGCAUCCACUACGACCCAAUCGACUUGCUUGAGAUCAUUGUGCCUCGGGCGCGCCUGACGUGGAAGGUUGACAACGACUUGAGGCUCAAGAACGACAUCUUCAACAAGCUCGAGGAGCGGUGGAACAGAUUCAUGAGCUCUGUCAGAGCGAGACUCAAGAGCAUCAGGAUCGACAGUGUCCUGCCCGAGAAAUCCGAGUCCUGCAAGACCGAGGUCGAACGUCUUACAAAGAAGGCCCAGGAGGACCAGCCGGAGCUCGUGCGGAAGCUUCAGGAUGCGUACAUGAACUCCAAAUACUACGAGGUCAUCCCGAUGAAUCCAGUCGUCAGAGAGAUGCUUGAGCUCGUGUCUGAGUGGGACGCGGCAUUUGCCGAGUUUGAGGCCGAGUUCCUAUCGGACAAGGAUGUCAGGCAGCUGACAAUGAUUCAGCUGAAGAAGAUGUUUGGUGACAGUGAGUCAAAGGAAUCCCUGCCGGGCACCGAUGGGACCUCGAUCAUAUCUGUCGGCUCGGAGACGGACGAGAAGGCAUCGGCAGCCUUGACCCAGGGAUCGGACGCCCAGGAUGAAAAGCUGGCAUCCCAGCCAAGCGAUGCCGCCGAAAGCAUCUCAGGAACUUCGCCACCAUCAGCCGUGGGCGACCAACCUAUGUCUGCGGUUGAGGAUGUCAUGAGCUCAAGCCAGGUCGAUUCGGCGCUUGGGGCGGUUGAGCCGCUUGACUUGGCCACACCACGGUCACCGCUGGUGACCAAGGGCGGCACAUUUUUUCCGGUUCCGGCGGAAGUCGUAGCGCCCGCUGCCGUGGCUCCUCUGACUGCGGCCUCAGACUCGCCUGGCACACCCGCCUCCCCAGUCGCGACUCCGGCAAGCCCGAUGCGACAAUCCCAGUCUGGCGCGGCUCAAGGUCUGGAUUCAACUCCCCCAGUUGCGUCUAGCCCCACCUUGACGGAGAAAGUUGAGCAGAUCAGAAGAGACCGCCGCGCGCUUUCAGGCGAUACUAGCCAUGGCUCCGCCGUGAUGGGGGCGCACGCUGGUCCAUCAAGGCUCGUCCCGGAGCGCGGAUCAUCCCGUAAGGCGGGAUUGACCAUAUCGCCUCCUAUGGUGCGAGCCAUAUCGCAACCCUCCGUCGUGCCAUACACCCGCGCUCAUUCGGGCCUUGGGAAACAUGCACCAAACCCAGUACUUGACAACAAGCCAGCAGAACUUGUCCAGAGCGGUUCCGACAUGUCCAAAGCCCCGACCGAGAGUUCCACCAAGAGCGAGAAGAAGCUCUCGGAACGCCUCGGGAUAAGCGCCUUAAAGACACACAGGAAGUCCGGGCAGUCGUCGAUUCCUCGAUACGUACACGGAAAGAAGAAGGACGUCACCCGUGUAUCUGCACUGGCAAAGCACUUCGAGCAGCUCAGCCGCGAGUUCGAGAAAGAGAGGAUGCGGGACCGUAAGCAACGCGCGGCCAAAAUGCAUUACUCGCGUGCCUUCCUGCCUCGUACCUCCACCAAGGCCACUGUUGAGGUGUACGAAAACGUGGACCAGGCCGUGCAGGAACUCGGCCACGAGGAAGAACCCGUGAGCUAUCCGGAUCAGAGCAAAUCCAGCCAACCCGUGCCGAUAGACUCUAGGCCGCAGCCAACAGCGGUCCCUGCCGAGGACGAUACUGGGCCUACUGAAGGGGCUCCUACAUCAAACACACCCCCUGGUGCGCCAUCGGUGACGGACGUGGCUUCUGUCGAUGAAAGCAAGCAUGACGAAAGCCGACCCGGGUCAGAUGACGAAGGUGAUGAUGGGGCCAGUGAUGCCGACCAAUCGUCUCUGCUCGACGACAUCUUGCAGAUGCCCGAGUCGCUCGAGCCCAGUGGAGAGAUACCCAAGCAUCAGAAGACCAGCCUGAUGAAGAUGCUUACCAACUUCUGGGCCGAGCGGUCAGCGAGUGGCUGGCCGCAGCUGGAGUAUCCGCUCAAUGCAACGGACCACAUCUUCAUCGACUCGGACGUGAUAGUUCGUGAGGACGAGCCGAGCUCGCUAAUCGCGUUUGCGCUAAGCUCGACGGAUUACCAGGCCAAGCUAGCGGAUAUCCGUCACUCGUGGAAGAUGUCGGCGCGUGCAGCGGCUGAUGAGGGUGAGGAGAUGAGCGGCCUGUCAGACUCGGCCGACGUAUUUAUGGGUGAGGAGGAGCUGGAGACGAGCCUCCUCAAGUCCACAGGCACACACCUCAAGUAUCAGUUCACGGAGGGCUCGGCCAAGAUGCUGUGCAAAAUAUUCUACGCAGAGCAGUUCGAUGCGCUGCGGCGCAAGUGCGGCGUUGCCGACCGCAUCAUCGAGUCGCUGUCCCGGUGCCUCAAGUGGGAUUCACGUGGCGGCAAGACCAAGUCGGUGUUUCUGAAAACAUUGGACGAUCGCCUCGUCAUGAAGUCACUCUCCCCCAUCGAGACUGCGGCGUUCCUUCGAUUUGCGCCGGCAUACUUCAGCCUGAUGGCGGAGGCGCUGUUCCACGAGCUCCCGUCGGUGAUUGCCAAGAUGCUCGGCUUUUUCCAGAUCAUCAUCAAAAAUCCCGUCACCAACACCGAAAUCAAACUGGAUCUGCUCCUCAUGGAGAAUCUGUUCUACGACAGAUCUCCGGAUCGAAUCUUCGAUCUCAAGGGCUCAAUGCGAAACAGGAAGAUCCAGUCGACGGGAGAGCAGAACGAAGUCCUCCUCGAUGAGAACAUGGUAGAGUACAUCUACGAGUCGCCGUUGUUCGCGCGGGAGCACUCUAAACGGAUCCUACGGGCGUCGGUGUGGAACGACACGCUUUUCCUGGCGCGACAGAACGUGAUGGACUACUCGCUGAUGGUGGCGGUGGAUGAGACGAAGAAGGAGCUGGUGGUGGGCAUCAUCGACUGCAUCCGGACGUACACGUGGGACAAGAAGCUCGAGAGUUGGAUCAAGGACCGCGGGUUCGCGGGUGGCGGGCGCAACCGACCGACGGUAACGAGUCCCAAGGAGUACAAGUCGCGCUUCCGGGAGGCCAUGGCGCGGUACAUUCUACAGGCGCCCAACUGCUGGCACCAGCUGGGGUCGUCCAGCUCCGGCACGGGACAGCUCCGGGCCCGGUUCGAAGAGUUCCCGGUGGCGGCAGACUAGAGCUCUGGCGCGGGAGAGGAGCCAAUAUCGGAGUCAUUGCAAACUGCGGGAUGCAGAGAGGCCUGAAGCAAAGGUCUCGGUCCAGGAUGAGAUAUGUAUGACCAGACAGAUACUCCAGGCGUUCUCACAUGAUACCUUUUGCUUUUCUUCUUUUUUUCUGUCUAUUUCCUUCUCCACCUUCCCUUUCUUUCCCUUUCCUCUAGCUUGUAACUGACUUCUUCUUGAAAUACUGUUAUUUAAAGUCAUAAUUAUUGGUAUUUUAGGUGAGAGAAGCCUGGAUGGUAACGAGGCGUUGUAAGUAUGGCGCACAGCCUAGAACACAGCUAGAUAGUUGUCGUACGAGUUUAUGAAUUCGGUCCACUCAGAGACGUAUCUGACACAGAAUACCUUUCAAAGAUGC